AUGUGAACGCACUUCCUAACCUUUUUGCAUGGCUGACGCACAAACCGUGCAGGCCAAGAAAUGGGAGAAAAAAAUAAUCACAAAUUACUUGUGAAUGUACAUAUCCAUAGAUUAUGCACAUAUUAUAAUUGAGAACAUAUCUUUUACGUUCCGGGAACCUAGUUGAAAGCCAAAAAAUGUACAUAAAUCAAUGCAGACGUUUGCAUUUAUUGAGGAAUCAAGCCUAUGUGAACGGAGAAUGGGUUAAGGCAAAAAGUAAUUUGGUGUUUGCAGUUCAUAAUCCAGCUGACGACAGUGUAGUAGCAGAGGUGCCGGAUAUGGAUUCAAAAGAUGCACAGAACGCGUUACUAACCGCAUCUAAUGCGUUUCAAACAUGGAAAGAUACUACCGCAAAAGAACGGUCUCGUAUUUUAAGGAGGUGGUUUGACUUAUGUGAAAAAAAUACCGAUAAUUUGGCAGAAGUGAUAACAGCUGAAUCUGGGAAACCACUCGCUGAGGCCAAAGGGGAAGUUGCUUAUGGUAAUUCGUUCCUGGAGUGGUUUGCGGAUAGUGCUCGUCAUAUUAAUGGAGAAAUCAUACCGAGCCCAUGGCCGAAUAAGCAGAUACUUCUCACACGAAACCCUCUUGGAGUUGUUUCUGUAAUUACUCCCUGGAACUUCCCCUUUGCAAUGAUAACUAGAAAAGUUGGGGCUUUAAUGGCAGCUGGGUGUACCUGUGUCAUUAAGCCUUCUGAAGACACACCAUUAUCUGCACUUGCAGCUGUUGAAUUGGCUCAUCAAGCUGGAGUUCCUAAAGGUGUAGUUAAUGUUGUUACGACAAGUAGAAAGAAUGCUCCUACAGUUGGAAAAGUCAUGUGUGAAGAUGAAUAUGUGAGGUGCAUAUCAUUUACAGGUUCCACAACUGUAGGAAAAAUUUUAUAUGGACUUGCAGCCAAAGGCAUUAAAAGAGUUGCUUUGGAAUUGGGAGGCAACGCUCCAUUCAUUGUUUUCCCAAGUGCUGAUAUUGAUCAUGCUGUUGAUCAAGCAAUGCUGGCUAAAUUUAGAAAUAAUGGCCAAGCUUGUAUUGGGGCAAAUAGGUUUUUGAUACAUGAGAUAGUAUUUGACGACUUUGUUAAAAAGUUUAAGGCCAGAAUUGAAAAAAAAUGUGUAUUAGGACCUGGUACAAAGGAAGGUGUCACUUGUGGACCACUUAUAAAUAAUGAGCAAGCCAAGAAAGUAUCCGGACUUGUUGAUGAUGCUGUUGCAAAAGGUGCCAAGGUGCUUUCAGGAGGGAAAUUUGCAAAGAAUCUGGGGAAUAAGUUUUAUGAAUCCACUUUACUUGUUGAUGUUAACCAGGAUAUGCAAAUAUUUAAAGAAGAAGUGUUUGGCCCAGUAGCUACUUGUAUAAAAAUGAAGAGUGAAGAGGAGGCAUUAAAAAUGGCCAAUAGCACAAGAAGUGGAUUAGCUGCUUACAUUUUCACGAAAGAUUUAGGUCAAGCAUUUAGAAUGUCUAAGAAUCUUGAAUUUGGCAUGGUUGCUAUAAAUGAUGGGAUUUUGUCUGCAGCAGAACCAGCAUUUGGAGGUGUUAAAGAGUCUGGUAUAGGGCGUGAAGGCAGCCUCCAUGGUGCAGUGGAGUAUACUGAUUUAAAGUACACACUAAUGUCAGGAUUGGAUAAAUAAAAAUUUGACAAGAAAAAAAAUUUAUUAUGAAUUAAAUAUUGAUUUAGUUACUUUUUAAGUGUAACCAAUUUUGUCUUGUUUUUCUUAUUUAAGUUUGUUUGUUGUUUUUUAAUACUCUUGUUAUUUAUAAAUUGUUAUAUUAAUAUGUAUGAAUCACUUAGUGAAACAUUCCAGUCUUCCAAUAAAUGUGAUUGUAGA